AUUGAACAAAUCUCCCCUGUGGACUGUCAUUUAAAAGCAUGAGUACACUACACAGAGAAAGGCUGGGUUCUUAUCAGGACACAAAUUUAAAGGCUGUAUGGACUUGGGGAUGGAAAUUAAACACCUCUUGUUUUUGGUUGCUGCUGCUUGCUUACUGCCUAUGUUGUCCAUGAAAAAGAAAUCAGCUAGAGACCAAUUUAAUAAGCUCGUCACUGACUUGCCAAAUGUACAAGAAGAGAUCGUUAAUAUACACAACGCCCUCAGGAGAAGAGCAGUUCCACCAGCCAGCAACAUGCUGAAGAUGAGUUGGAGUGAAGAGGCUGCACAAAAUGCCAGAAUUUUUUCAAAGUACUGUGAUAUGACAGACAGCAACCCCCUUGAAAGGAGACUUCCAAAUACCUUUUGUGGAGAAAAUAUGCAUAUGACAUCUUAUCCUGUAUCAUGGCCAAGUGUAAUUGGAGUCUGGUACAGUGAGUCUACAAGUUUCAAACAUGGAGAAUGGACAACAACAGAUGAUGACAUAACUACUGACCACUACACUCAGAUUGUUUGGGCCACAUCUUACCUGAUUGGCUGUGCCAUUGCAUCAUGCCGCCAGCAAGGAUCACCUCGAUAUCUCUACGUUUGUCACUAUUGUCAUGAGGGAAAUGAUCCUGAAACAAAGAAUGAACCUUACAAGACGGGCGUCCCAUGUGAAGCCUGCCCAAGUAACUGUGAAGACAAACUUUGCACUAACCCCUGCGUCUACUAUGAUGAAUACUACGACUGUGACAUACAAGUCCAUUAUCUUGGAUGCAACCACUCAACAACUAUCCUAUUCUGUAAAGCCACUUGUCUGUGUGACACUGAGAUAAAAUAGGUCUUUGUUAUUUUCAACUGUUCUAUGCUGUGACAAUGAGGAGGAGAUGUCUGUUGGAUUCAUGUCUUUUGCUAUAGUUCAGUAGCUUCUGCUAAAUUUCAUUUGAUUUUAAUCAUGCUGGAGACCUUAACUCCUGUCCUGAUACAUCCUGAAGUAACACUGUUUUAAACUUUCUUAGUGCUGGAGUAAAAGAUCAAGUCCAACACCUGCCUUAAAUUUAAAUCAUGCGAUUUACAGUUCUUAAGUUGGCAUAAUUCAACUUAUGGUAUAACUGGGUCCCUCAACAGUAACCUGGGCUAAAGUAGGUCUUACGUGGUUGAACUCCCACACCCGCCUUCCCCAUAUUUUCAGCCACUCUGAUUAUCUUCCCUGCACAACUAACAUCCGGUAAUAAUUCUUCACUUUUAAAAUUUUAAUUCUACUUUAAAUCAAUCAUUAAAGGAAUCCACAAAGCAAACAGAGUUCAGUCUCAUCUUGCAAGGUAAAUAUCACUUAACGGGAAGUAGUUUAAAUGUCUCAUUGUUUUAUUGACACAUCUAUAUAUAUAUUUGUGAAGCAAGAAACAAUAAAAAAGCUUCGUGUGCCAUUAAUUCAACAAAAUAUGUAUUCAGUACUGUACUGAUUCAGUACAGAUGCAUGUUUAUAUACAUAGAAAGAAUAUAGUUUCAUUUCAUUGCAAAGGCAGUAUAAAAGAUAUAUAAAAUAGCAUAAUAUGAGAAAUUAAGUCCCUAAAGACAUAUGGGUCACAUAUUAUUAUUGCCAGAUGAGCAUAAAUAGCUUCUGUUUGGAGAUUCAGGAAAGCCUUAGGGUGGAAUGAGGAACAGUAAACAGGGUUGCAAAGGUUAUGAUUAUUUCAACACAAUGGAAGAGCACAGUUAAGGCCAACUAACGUAAAAUGCACUGAAGCCUUAGGGAAUAUUCAAGGGCCUGACAUGGGGAAAGGGAAGGCUAGAAAUAUUUGGUGAAAUUUUAACAUUAUACCAAAGUUAUACCCAGUUCUACCUACUUGUAUAUUUCUUUACUCAUUUCAAUAAAGUAUUUG